UUCCGCUCCGCGGCUCCUCGGUGGGAGGUUCCGCCGCCCUCGCCGCCUCGCCGGGCCGCUCCGGUCCCGCUCCGCGCCCAGCCGCUUCGCUGCCGCCGCUCCCGCCCCUCCGCCCAGCGCCGCCGCGCCGAGGGCCGGGUUCGCCGGCGGAGGCCGCCGCGGCGCCAUGGGCGCCUACCUGUCGCAGCCCAACACGGUGAAGAGCUCGGGGGACGGGGCCGGGCUGGGGCCGCGCCCGCUCCACUUCGGCUUCAGCGCCAUGCAGGGCUGGCGCGUCUCCAUGGAGGACGCGCACAACUGCAUACCCGAGCUGGACAGUGAAACAGCCAUGUUCUCAGUCUACGAUGGACACGGAGGAGAAGAAGUUGCCCUGUAUUGUGCCAAGUAUCUCCCUGAGAUAAUCAAAGACCAGAAGGCCUACAAGGAAGGCAAAUUGCAAAAGGCCCUGGAAGAUGCUUUCUUAGCCAUAGAUGCCAAGCUCACCACUGAGGAGGUGAUUAAAGAGCUCUCUCAGAUGGCUGGGCGACCCCAAGAUGAUGAAGAUGAGAAGGAGAAGGUUGCUGAUGAAGAUGAUGUGGAUAACGAGGAAGCUGCUCUUCUGCACGAAGAAGCCACAAUGACCAUCGAGGAGCUCCUCACACGUUAUGGACAAAACUGCACCAAGAACCUCAAAAACAAGUCUUUAGCUCCGGCUGGGGAGAACGCUGCAGAGGGGACAGGCAAGCAGCAUGAUGGGGAGUCAAAUAUGAAUGGAGAGGCUGACGCAGGGGAGCUUACCGACCACAAGGAGAGGAAGAAUGGGAAGCCAGAUGAAGAAAUCACGGGUAUUUCCUCCACCUCAGACAAAGCCAGCGCUGGAGGCAACAGUCCUGCUCUGCAGAAGCCUGAACUAGGCAAAGGUGACGAGGCCGUCACCUCUUCUACUGGGGAGGCCGGGCCCUCCUGCUCCUCUACGGGAAAGCCCCAGCGCACAACCAAAUCCAAAUUUUUUGAGGACAGUGAGGAUGAGUCAGAUGAGGUUGAGGAAGAGGAGGAAGACAGUGAGGAAUGCAGUGAAGAUGAGGAUGGUUACAGCAGUGAAGAAGCAGAGAAUGAAGAUGAUGAAGAUGACACUGAAGAAGCAGAGGAGGAUGAGGAUGAAGAGGAGGAGAUGUUGUUACCAGGCAUGGAGGGGAAAGAGGAGCCUGGCUCUGACAGUGGGACAACCGCUGUCGUGGCACUCAUCCGGGGCAAGCAGCUGAUUGUGGCCAACGCUGGAGACUCGCGCUGUGUGGUCUCGGAAGGUGGCAAAGCUGUCGACAUGUCGUAUGACCACAAGCCAGAGGAUGAGGUGGAGCUGGCCAGGAUAAAGAAUGCAGGCGGCAAGGUCACCAUGGACGGGAGAGUGAACGGCGGCCUCAACCUCUCCAGGGCAAUCGGUGAUCACUUCUACAAGCGGAACAAGAAUCUGCCUCCAGAAGAACAGAUGAUCUCUGCCUUGCCUGACAUCAAAGUGCUGACAAUAAACGACGACCACGACUUCAUGGUCAUUGCCUGCGAUGGAAUCUGGAAUGUGAUGAGCAGUCAGGAAGUGGUGGAUUUCAUCCAGUCCAAGAUCACCCAAAAGGAUGAGAAUGGAGUCCUGAGGCCGCUUUCCUCCAUUGUAGAAGAGCUGCUGGAUCAGUGCUUGGCUCCAGACACCUCAGGGGAUGGCACUGGCUGCGAUAACAUGACCUGCAUCAUUAUCAGCUUCAAACCCCGUAACACACACCCGCCGGCGGACAGCGGGAAGCGGAAACUGGAGGAGGCGGCAGCGCCGGCACCAGCGGAAGAGAACGGCGGCGACAACAACAACAAGAAGAAGGCCAAGCUGGAAUAACGAGCCCCACGCAGGGACUUUGCUGUGCACUCACCAGACUCUCGUUUCUUAAACAUGCUGAACUCAAGACUCCAAAGUCUUGUCCUUUUUUUAGCCUUAGCAGAGGCCUUGUUUGUCCGUGUCCUGGUCGGGGGGUGGGGGGUAGCGAGGGCAUGUCGCGCUGUUCAUCUGUAACCAUUCCAAAGAGGGAGCCCAGGGCAGAGCCUCCGCGCGGGACCCUGCGAGCACAGAGCCCCCUGGUUAGGAGGAGGAUGUCCCCCCAUCGUCUCCAUGUGGUUGUUGCCAUUUCCGUGCCUGUGAAUUUCUGUUUGGAGGGAAGAACUUUUUCACUGUUGAGGUUUUUUUAAUCUGCACCCGAUUAUUUAAGGCCCUUUGUUUUUAUUUGUGAAACAAUCUGGCUGUGGUGCUGCUGCCACACCUCAUCCUGUUGUACACUUUCAAUCAAUACUUUUUUCAAACUAAAAGGCCAGAAAACGUA